AUGCCAAAGCAGAUUGUAUUUCUACAUCCAGACCUUGGCAUAGGUGGUGCCGAAAGACUUAUAGUGGAUUCGGCAGUAGCCUUGGAGUCAUGUGGUUAUGAUGUCAGCAUUAUUACAAAUCACCACGACCCUAAACAUUGUUUCGAAGAAACAUUACAGUCAAAUCUGAGUGUUACAGUUGUAGCUGAUUGGUUUCCUCGGUCCAUCUUUGGUUACAUGACAGCUUUAUGUGCGUAUAUUCGCCUCAUCCUUGCAACACUAUAUUUAUUAUUUUAUGAAAAGAAACCAGAUGUAACAUUUGUUGACCAAAUAUCAGCCCCCAUAAUUCUACUACGGGCUUUUGGAUACAAGACGAUAUUUUAUUGUCAUUUUCCAGACUUGCUAUUAACGAAAAAUAAAAAUUUUUUGUUGAAAAAGCUGUACCGAAUACCUAUUGAUUAUAUUGAGCAGAUAUCAACUGGAAUGGCUGAUAUUGUUCUUGUUAACAGUAAAUUCACAUCUAAUAUCUUUAGAGAAACAUUUACUUCACUUAAUCACGUACAACUGCGUAUUUUAUAUCCAAUUGCAAAUGAAAAAAGUUUAUGCUUACCAACAUCAGCACAAUUUCAAACUGAUCAUCAGUCGAAAUAUGAAUAUCGUAAAUAUUUAUCAUCAGAAAUUAUACCUGAGAAAGCGAAAAUAAUAUUCGUAUCAAUUAAUCGAUAUGAAAGAAAAAAGAAUCUCUCAUUGGCUUUGUGCAGUCUUGAAUACUUGAUCACACAUUGGGAUAAGCUUAUUGAUUCAACCGUUGAAAUAAAACCGGAAAAUGUUCAUUUAAUCAUAGCUGGAGGUUAUGAUCGUCGUGUUAUUGAAAAUGUAGAGUAUUAUACCGAGUUGGUUAGCUUAUCACAAACGCUGAAAGUUUCAGAAAAUGUCACUUUCAUGCGUUCGUGCUCAUCCGAAAUCAAACCUCUGUUAAUUGCCUCCAGUGAUGCGGUAAUUUACACCCCAGAUAAGGAACAUUUUGGAAUUGUCCCUAUUGAAGCAAUGUCGUUGUCUCGAGCAGUUAUUGCAUUGGAUUCUGGUGGUCCUAAAGAAACUGUUUUGCAUGGUUCUACAGGAUUUCUAUGUACAGUGCACCCAAUAAAACAACUUCCACAAACUAUGGCUACCUAUUUUAGCAAAUUUGUAAAUGAUCCAGAGCUUGCAGAUCGUUUGGGGAAGGCAGGAUGUGAACGUGUUCGUGAGAAAUUUUCAUCUAUAACUUUUAAAAGAGAAUUGCAAACAGUCGUGACUGAUUUAAUAAAUGAAGACCAAGGAUAG